UUGUCCAAUUAGCAAAUAAAGGAUUUGUCAUUUUAAAUGUCCUGUAAAGGCAUUUUCUGCCGCCAGAUGGCGAACUAGACACAUCAGGAUGUCAUACAUCGCGCUAAAUGUGAAAUCGGAGUAACAGUGCUGACGCGAGCCUCGUACUACUGCACCCAGAUUAACGUUUAUUAACCCUUAGGGAUGUUGUAAACUAUAACCUAACUACCGAAAAGCCACCAUGAGUGUGAAAACGAAGCGAGCUGCGUUCUUACGCGCAGCAAACACGUAUAUAACGACGAAGCUGCCAUCUACGAUCAGCUACAGCGACGGAAAAAUCGCUCCCCCAGGAAAGUCUCCGCGAUACUCUGUUUCUAAUUCAGUCCAUUGUUUUGCAUGGUAGCCUGGAUUAAAAUUAAGGAAAUCUAGAUUUUUGCAUUUACACCACGUGUUGAAGUUGGGACUGCUAAAAAAGCUCCCCGUAUAGUUUAUAUGGACCUCCGUAAGAGGACGGGCAUCUGGGCCACGGCAGUCCCUGGGCACCGACCCCCUGCACGCGUCAUCCGCCGGGGGGCGCUGUCGGCCAGCGUCCACAUUUCCGCCCAGUGCUCCCCGACAAUCCCACCCCGUUACUCCCAACACUCCCUCCCUUCCACGCACGGCCUGGGUCCGAUCCGAUCCGUUGGUGGAUUGGGGCCGAAGGGACACACUUCGUGUUGGGGGGGCAGGGGAGGUGUUCAGCGGCGCUUUUCCGUCCUUCCCUUCGCCUUGGACAGCCUUACUUCAGCAUAGCCUUCCUUUCUCACCGAGCAUUUCUGUGUAUUUUAUCCGGACGGGCUUGCAUGCAGCUAAGGGCCGGUCUGCUGGUUUCACUUUCCCGGUGAUGCGUGGGGUCGCUGCGGCUCCUACUCGUCCGUCCCUCGGAGCCGCUGCCGGGGUUUGAUCCCAUUCAUAUAUGGGCUGUUCGUCCUUCUGCUGGAACAAUGGGAUCUCCAGAUGCCCUCGGUGUUUUGUGAAGGGAAAUUAAGAAAAAAAAGUAAAUUAAAUAAAAAAAAAAAAAACUUGAAGCACACCUAAGACAGGCGAAAAGGCGGCGUUAAACGUGGCAUCUGCAGUACGGUAUAUAAUCGCAUAUCAAUCCGGUGUUUUUCCCGCACCGAGCACCCCUCCCCCGAUGUGUGAGCACUUUCUGCCGGAUCUGUAGGUAACCGGACCUGGACACCUCUGCACGCACCUCGGCGAGUAAAGUUAGAAAAGCUGACUGAGGGACUCACCAUGUCCACCCCGACGAGAUUCAAGAAGGAUAAAGAGAUCAUCGCGGAAUACGAGAGCCAAGUGAAAGAGAUCCGCACCCAGCUGGUGGAGCAGCAGAAAUGCCUGGAGCAGCAGACAGACAUGCGGGUGCAGCUCCUCCAGGACCUGCAGGACUUCUUCCGGAAGAAGGCCGAGAUCGAGGUGGAGUACUCCCGAAACCUUGAGAAGCUGGCCGAGCGCUUUAUGGCCAAGACACGCAGCACCAAGGACCACCAGCAGUACAAGAAGGACCAGAACCUUCUGUCGCCGGUGAACUGCUGGUACCUGCUGCUGAACCAGGUACGGAGGGAGAGUCGAGACCACGCCACGCUUAGCGACCUGUACCUGAACAACGUCAUCAUGCGCAUAAUGCAGGUCAGCGAGGAUUCCACCCGCCUUCUCAAGAAGACCAAAGACAUCACCUUUCAGCUCCAGGAGGAUCUGAUGAAGGUUCUGAAUGAGCUAUAUACUGUGAUGAAGACGUACCACAUGUACCACACGGAGAGCAUGAGCGCCGAGUGCAAGCUGAAGGAGGCUGAGAAGCAGGUGGGCCGGGCCGGGGAGCCCGCCUUCAGCAUGCGCACGGAGGACAAGAACCAGAGACGCAGCUCUACCAAAAAGAUCGAGAAGAUGAAAGAGAAGCGACAAGCCAAAUACUCGGAGAACAAGUUGAAGUUGAUCAAAGCUCGCAAUGAAUACCUGCUGACUCUGGAAGCCACUAAUUCUUCUGUGUUCAAGUAUUACAUUCAUGACCUGUCCGACUUGAUCGAUUGCUGUGAUCUGGGAUACCAUGCCAGCCUGAACCGCGCCCUUCGCACCUACCUCUCGGCGGAAUACAACCUGGAGACGUCCCGGCACGAGGGCCUUGACAUCAUCGAGAACGCCGUGGACAACCUGGACCCCCGCAGUGACCGGCAGAGGCUCAUGGAGAUGUACCCCACAGCUUUCUGCCCCCCCUCCAAAUUUGAGUUCCAGCCCCACAUGGGGGACGAGGUGUGUCAGAUCACAGCACAACCACAGGUUCACGCCGAGCUCCUCCUGAGAUUUCAGCAGCUGCAGUCACGCCUCGCCACGCUCAGGAUCGAAAGUGAAGAGAUCAAGAAAACCUCAGAAGCUACACUCACCACCAUACAGGACAUGGUGACCAUCGAGGACUACGAUGUGUCUGAGAGCUUCCACCACAGCCGCUCCACGGAGUCCGUCAAGUCCACCGUCUCAGAGACUUACCUCAGCAAACCCAGCAUCGCCAAGAGGAGAGCCAACCAGCAGGAGACAGAGCAGUUCUACUUCAUGAAAUUCCGCGAGUAUCUGGAGAGUAGCAGUCUAAUCUCCAAGCUUCAGGCCAAGCAUGACCUGCUGAAGAGGACGCUGGGAGAAGGUCACCGUGCGGAGUACAUGACCACAAGCCGUGGACGACGGAACUCGCACACCCGACACCAGGAUUCUGGACAAGCUAUUCCUCGUGUGGUUGAAAGUUGUAUCCGAUUCAUCAAUCUCUACGGUCUUCAGCAUCAGGGGAUAUUCCGUGUGCCGGGUUCGCAGGUGGAAGUCAAUGAUAUAAAGAACUCCUUCGAGAGAGGUAACGAUCCUCUGGCUGACGAGGAGAACAACCACGACAUGAACUCUGUGGCAGGUGUCCUCAAGCUGUACGUCCGAGGUCUGGAGAAUCCGCUCUUCCCCAAGGAGCGAUUUAACGAACUCAUCUCCUCCGUCAGACUGGAGAAGCUGUACGACAGGGCUCUGUACAUCCGGAAGAUCCUCCUGACCCUGCCCAGGUCUGUCCUGGUGAUCAUGCGCUACCUCUUCGCCUUCCUCAACCAUCUCUCCCAGUACAGCGAUGAGAACAUGAUGGACCCCUACAACCUCGCAAUCUGCUUUGGCCCAACGUUGAUGUCCUCGCCCGACAUCCAGGACCAGGUGUCCUGCCAGGCGCAAGUCAACGAGGUCAUCAAGACCAUCAUCAUCCACCACGAGGCCAUCUUCCCUGACGCCAAGGAGCUAGAGGGGCCUGUAUAUGAGAAGUGUAUGGCUGGUGGUGACUACUGUGACAGCCCGUACAGUGAGCACGGCGCCCUGGAGGAGGUGGAGCAGGAUGGGGGGACUGAACCCCACACCAGCGAGGAUGAAGGAGAGCCCAUCGAAGCCAUCGCUAAAUUUGAUUAUGCUGGCCGCUCGACGCGCGAGCUCUCCUUCAAGAAGGGCGCCUCCCUGCUGCUGUAUCAGCGCGCCUCCGAGGACUGGUGGGAGGGCCGGCACAACGGCAUCGACGGCCUGGUACCACACCAGUACAUCGUGGUGCAGGAUAUGGACGACUCAUUCUCGGACACCCUGAGCCAGAAAGCGGACAGCGAGGCCAGCAGCGGGCCAGCAGUGGAGGACAAGUGCUCAAGAAAGGAUGCAGGCUCACCCACCGACAGGCUUCCUGAGGCCUACAUCAGUGGCAAGCACAGGAAGAGGAGUGACCCCCCACAGCGACGCCCCCCCUUGCGACCCAGCGACAGCCACUGCGUCUUGCACCCCGCAUCCCAGGGCCACGGCAGCCCACGGGACCUCCUGAGGGGGCGGCACCCACAUGCCCUGGAUAGCCCGGAGUGCCGGCGGCGCGGUGGGCGGCAGGAUUCUCUGAGGAAGGCGGAGAGCCCACCCAUGCGCCGCUCCGCCUCCUCCAGUCAGUACGGCGGAUUCUCCGAGGCUCACGGGAAAACGCUGGAUCCCGAGACCAUUGCACAGGACAUCGAAGAGACCAUGAACACGGCGCUGAAUGAGCUCCAGGAGCUGGAGAGGCAGAGCUCAGCCAAACCGGACGUGGUGCUGGACACGCUGGAGCAGGCCAAGAGCACGCCCCCUACAGGCGGCUGUGCAGAUGCCCUGGGUCCCCUGCAUGGCCUGCGCCUGCGAGCCGCGGACCCCCCCGUCCGCCGCAGCCCCAGCUCCCCGGGCGACGCUAUGAGCACCUUCAAGCCCACGGUGGCACCCCGCAUGGGUGUGCAGCCCCGACCCCCUGCCCUGCGGCCCAAACCCCUCAUGGGGCCCAAAGGGGGCGCCGCUGAGCAGUCCCCGACAGCCUCCUCCCAGGGCCCCUUGGACAAGUCCUGCACGAUGUGAAGGGGUAGGGGGGUGACGGUGUUAGGCUGUGUGGCAUGAGCAGCCUGGCAUCCCCCGAGAGCGAGCACUAGCUGAACGAAAGCUCAUUACAGGAACCGCCAGAUCCUGGACUGCACAGGCGUACUGAAAGCAUCCUGUUUAUUAAGGCUUUACAGAUAUAGCAGAAAGUAUAAUAUAACAAUACUAAACUAAUACUUCAUAUGUUACUUGUAUCAGCGGGUCCCACAAGGGUUUCCUUCGUGGGUGGUGGGACUUCUUAGAGCAGACGAAGAGCCGUAAGGGUCAACGUCAGUGUUUUUAGCCUGAGGCAUCAUGUAGUUCUGGUUCUAAAUGGGAGAGCGCAGGGGCAGGAAUACAGGAGAAUCUGCUGGACUCCCUUGAAGUCAGGACUGGGAUCGCAGAAAAUACACCUGUACGGUACUGAUGUGCCAGGCUGGACUCCAGCCAUGCCGGUCCACAGGUUCAGUGAAAAUGGCAGGUACAUUUCAGUUAUUUACUGCAAGCACACCGUGGAAAGACAUAGGCCAAGUAUAGCCUACAUUUAAGUAUAGAUGACAUUGUCCAAGUUGAGUGCAACAUCAGGAGAGGCUGAUGGAUUUGGUGUUUACUGUCCGUCACCAUGGGGAUUCAAAGGAAACUUCUGGAAUGGUCCUUUUAGCUUUAAUGUACCUAGUAUCAAUCUAGCUUUAGCCCUCUGCACGUCAAGCUCAACUCUGGACGUGUGGAGUGUCAUGUUUACCUUUGGAUGUAUGGGACGUUUUAAUGUGAAUUUUGGUUAUUUCUGGCAGAUCGCAAAAGUGGCUGGUCAUGGUUUCUAGAACCUGACAGAGAAGCACGGGACUCCUUGGCUUGAUCACCAUCAAAUACCUUGCUUGCAGAACCCGGCCAGGAGGGGGAGCUAGAGAACGGCAUUGGGGGCAGAUACUCUAGCGAGAAGCUGCCCAGCGUUACUGGACUGGAUGCAUGGAGUCUCUGCUGGGAUGUAAUUUGUGAAGAUCCAUGCUCAGUUUUUUUUUUCCAUCCUCCUUGCAAAUGAGCCAAAUAAUCAAUGGAUAUUUACUUGUAUCCGUCUAAUUUUGUAAUUAUCUUUGUAUUAUAGGAUAUAUUCGAUUGACUUUCAUUCUUACUAAUUUGUUUUUGAAUUUAAUAUAUAAUUUUCUGCAUCUUUGAUAUAUGGAGGACCUUUCUAACGACGACGAUGACGAAACCAUGGAUGAACAGGGUUCCCUGAUUCCCACAUGCCCCCCCCCCCCCAUUCCAAACCAUUUCUGUUGGCCUGUCAUUUACAGCAGCAUGCUGCCCCCCUGCCCGCUGACUGUUAGGUCAUGCCAGCAUUUAUCUGUGACAUGUACAUGUGAAAGUGCCUUUGACCCAGCCUUAGAGAGACCCCAGACCCAUGUUAAGGGAGAGAGUAGUAGCGAAAGAGCAUAAACAAAUUUCUGGGAACAUUCAGUGAAUAGUAAAGACGACAGUUAAUCUAAUUGAGAAUUUGCACUUUUAUGUGUAAAACUGUAUAUUUGGCAUGUAGCAUUAUAACGUCUUUUGGUAAACACUGUGCCUGUCUUUCUAAUAAAGGAAAUGGCUCUGUCA